AGAACACGGAGCACCCAACCUGGACAAGCACAACGGCCAUGACCAACGUUCUGCUACUUGCUGCUUUGGUCCUGCAUGUUCUCCAACAAGGGAACACCAGCAAGAAGUUACCUGGAGUUGAGCAAUAUGAAACCGUUUAUCCCCGGAAGCUGCACACGGUGCAUAGAAGAGACACAGAAAGACACAAAGAGACCAAAUACGACGACACGCUGGAGUACGGCAUCAAAGCCAACGGAGAGGAAGUCAUCCUGCACCUCCAAAAAAAUAAGAAUCUCUUAGCUAGAGACUACACUGAAACCCUUUAUUCUGAUGAUGGUCGACAAAUAACAACAAGUCCUCAGAUCAAGGACCACUGUUAUUAUGAAGGUUACAUUCAGAAUGAUGCUGAUUCCAGAGCAAGCAUCAGCACUUGCAAAGGUCUAAGUGGAUAUUUUGAGACACGUGGCCAGAAGUACCUCAUUGAGCCCUUGGGAACUUCAGACAGGGAUGAACAUGCAGUCUAUAAGUAUGAGAAACUCGAAGACAAGUCCAUAAAGACCUGUGGUGUGGUCAAUAGCACUUGGGAAGAGGAUUCAGAUCACCCCAUCAAUGACCUCUUCAAAUCCAGCAACAGUCCAGAAAUGAAAGCCUACCUGAAAGCAAAGAAGUAUCUGGAACUGUACAUAGUUGCAGACAACACUUUGUAUAAGAAGUAUGAUGAAGAUGUUAGAACUGUAAGACAAAGGAUAUUUGGAAUAGUCAAUUACAUCAACGUGGUUUAUAAGGCCAUAAAUAUCUACGUGGCUUUAAUUGGCUUUGAAAUCUGGACAGAUGGUGACAAAUGCAAGGUGAGCCGUGUUCCUGGAUCCACUCUGGACAGUUUCUCCAAGUGGCGUCUCUCAGAUUUGUUACCGAGGAAGAGGAACGACAACGCGCAGCUCAUCACGGGCUACGACUUUGAGGGGACCACCAUUGGAUUAGCCUUUGUAAAAACCAUCUGCAGUGAUUCACUUUCUGCAGGUAUUAUUCAGGACCACAACAGAAAUGAAAUUGCAGUUGCAGCUACCAUGGCACACGAGAUGGGACACAACCUGGGCAUGAACCACGACACCGACGCCUGCACGUGCAGCGACAGAGUUUGUAUCAUGACAGACACUGUCAGUGCUAUCAUCCCCAAGGAAUUCAGCUCUUGCAGCCUCCAAAGUUUUGAGAAAUACAUGCUGAGUGAGAUGCCAAAAUGCUUAACUAACAUCCCAGAUACAAGCAGCAUCGUUGCACCUCCAUCCUGUGGGAAUGGCUUUGUGGAAAGAGGAGAGGAAUGUGACUGUGGCACUCCUGAGGAGUGCACAAACGACUGCUGCGAGCCCGAGACCUGCAAGCUGACAGCUGGGUCCCUGUGUGCACAUGGGGAGUGCUGUGAGAACUGCCAAUAUAAGAAAUCAGGAGCAGUUUGCAGAGCAGUUAAGCACGACUGUGACCUGGCUGAGAUGUGCACUGGCUCUUCUGCCAACUGCCCAGCAGAUCGAUUCCGUGUGAAUGGACAUCCCUGCAACUAUGGGGAAGGGUACUGCUACAUGGGAGACUGUCCCACCCGAGCAAGCCAGUGCAAGGCUGCUUUUGGACCACAGGCUACAGAAGGUGCUGCUUCCUGCUACGAUAUGAACGAGAAAGGGACCUAUUAUGGAUACUGUAGGAAAGAAAAAGGCAGUCACGUCCCGUGUGAAAAAAAAGAUAUCAUGUGUGGAAAGUUGUUCUGUACUGGUGGGAAGGAGAUGCCUCAGGAUGGGAACAUGCUGACUUUUGGUUCCUGCAAAUCAAGUUUUCCUAAAAAUGGAGAAGCAGACCCAGGGAUGAUUCUCAAUGGAACAAAGUGUGGGAAUGGGAUGGUGUGCAGCAAUGGAGAAUGUGUCCAUGCUGAGGAAGUCUUUCGAUCAACCAACUGCUCAGCCAAGUGUACUGGACAUGCUGUGUGUGACCAUGAGCUGAAAUGUCAGUGUGAAGAGGGAUGGGCCCCCCCGAGCUGCGAGAGCUACUCAGCAGUGACCAGCUUUGCUGUCGUGGCGGGCGUGCUGGCUGUGCUGGCGGGCACAGCGACCGCAGCCGUGCUGCUGCUGCACCGCCGGGGGCUGCACAAGAGGUGCCAGAUCAGAAGGGGACCUGGAGCCACAAACCAAAUCUUUGUGGAUCCAGAACAAAGAUGCAGAGAACAUCCUGUCCUGGCAGUGCCUCCUCAGAAGAUGACUGCUAAGAAGCUUCUGCCUGUACCUCCACCCCAGGAGAACAAACCACAAGCCCGGAGUCCUGCCUUAAGACCAAAAGGUCCCCCACCUCCUGUUCCACCUACCAAACCAACCUCUUCUCACACAGUAGAGAUGUUUGCACCCGAGAGAAAACCUGUUCACCUCCCCCUUCCCAAAGGCAAACCUCCACCCCCCCCCUCCACCAAAGGCUUUAAAACCUCCAGUUAAUCCCAGAGUAUGAAGCGCCUGGGGAGACCUGAAAUUUUCAGGGACAAUUUGUUUGUCCCUUGAUUCCUCAGCUUCUGGCAAAGACAACCAAGACAAUCUUCCUGUCCUCUUAAAAAAAAAACAAACAACAAAACACCUGACUGACAGCUGCUUUGGAAGGAAGCUUUGUUGUUUUUUCAAACAGUGAGGAACUCUUUGGUGACAACAUCGAGCUACUGUCCAGAAGGACACAAAGCAGAAUCUUUACUUGCACUGAGGUGUGGACUGGGAGUAAGUCACAAGAACUGCUUCCCACACCCUAAACUCCUAGGCUGCACCCCAAGCUGUGGCUGCACCCCAAGCUGUGGCUGCACAGGGAUGCCCUGAACCUACGCUGCUGUUCUGGGCACUGAGCUGAGAGGGUCAGGGCAAGUAUGGCUACUGUAUCUUUGUAACUUGUACAGUCUUACUGCAUGCCUGCAUCUUGGCCAGCCCUCCAGACCUUCUCCCUUCACCUGCAAAUGGCAAGUGCCAGGAGAAGAAAACUCCUUCCUGCCCUUUGGAGAGAAGUUGGUGUCAAGGCCUGAACUAGCACUGGAAAUGGAUUGAUUCUGGAAAGAUCCUUCGGGAUCAGGUUCUCUCAUUCAUCUGUAGAUUGCCUGUUAAACAAGGUUCCUCUGGUGAGUGGGAAGAACUGGAGAAAUGCUCCGAAGCAAAGUCAAGCUGCUCACAAGGGCUCCCUGAGCUCUGGCUGUGCUGGGGCAGCAAGAGCUGCAGCUCCCUUGGACAGGGAGAUCCAGACAAGCACAGUCAACAACAUCCUCAACCACUUCUUCCCAGUGCCCCUCAACUCCAGAAACAAGAGUCUUUCUCCCUUCCAGGACACACACACACACCCCUCAGUGUUUUUGUUUAAUUGCUCCUGCACCGAGUGUGUUACUGAAGUUCCUAAUGAGAACCAGGCUGGGCAGAGGGGUUGUUAUUAUGGGAUGGUGUGGCAGCAUUAGGCUUUGCAUGUUGGUUUAUUACUGAGGGUUCUUCAUUCACUCUGGCCUGCUGGCAUUGGCACUGUUGACCCUGGCACAGGUCUGCACCACACUCCUGGCCUUGGUGUUCCUGAUCCUGUUAGGGUGCUGGCACUGCUGCCACUGUUACCCUUGGCACUGGGAUCACUCCUGUGGCUGGCAUCAAUAUUUUUAAGUCGAAGCACAAAGAAGUGUUUUUCAAGGAACAAAAAUUUUACCAGGGAGGGGAAAAAAAAAAAGGAGCGAGAGAAACAAAACUGUCCUGGACCCAAAGUAGGCAAGGUUGAAUGGAGACUCCAGUUUGAACUGGAUCUGGGUUUGGAUCAGGAUCAAAAUGAGGAGAUGCAAAAGGAUUACAGUGGGGCUUCUGGAAGGCAGCUUCCAGCCCAUGGUUGGGCUAGAGGAGGCCCCAGGGCUCCCCAACUGCCAAGAUGUGCCCAGGGUCAGCCCAUGCACACUGACCUUCCCCUCUACUCGCUCUCCCCAGGGCUAUUGGGACUUGGAAAAAGCUCCUCAGAGGAGCUGGAACCUUCUACUCAAGCUGGUGAACCAGCAGCAGCAAAGAUUUCACCUGCUGAAAACCCCUGACAUCUUGCUGGGGUGCUGAACACACGACCAUACUGCUGCUUCUCCCUGGUCCUGGCAGUGCCUCUGGCUCAGAAAUGCACAGAAAACCCCAAACCCCCACUUCUUUUAGGCUAGGCUUGAUCUCAGGUUGCCAAUCAAGUGCUGUUUGCUCUGCAAAACACAGAGGUGAGGAAAUAAGUGUGAAAAAUGAGGUGGGGGUUUUGUUUUAGGACAGAUUUCAUUGGAAGAGCACAGCAUUUUCUGCUUUGAGCAAUUGCUUCUUUAUUCCAGUCAGAAAUGGGUGUUAAUCUGUCUGUAUUUGACACAGUGUGAAGAUCCAGAACUUCUUUUUCUGAACUGUAAUUCAUGUAUUUACAAAGAUUUCUAUAUUACAAGUA